GCUCAUUUUAAAAUUCAAAUUCUUCUGAUCGGUUACAUAAUUUUAAUUUGCUUACUUGAGAUCGCAAGACCAUCAUUGGUACGCUUAAAUCUGUAAGAAGAAAAAUUUUGAAGUUUGUGAAUAUUAACCACCCACCCAGGACUCAUUUAAGAUGCAUAAAAGUCGUAAAGUGACAACAGUAGAAGACAUCAGCAGUAAUGAUGAAUCUAAAGAUACUAAGGCGGUUUCGAAAGCUCCAAGGCCUCCAUCACCUGAACCUGAAGUGCCAUUAUGGCAGCAGUUCUAUGAAAUUGAAAAGGAACUAAAUGAGAAAUUGCGCCAUUAUCGAGCACCCAUUGAAGACAUAACGCAUAUUUAUAAUCCUGUUGAAUAUGCAGCUGAUCUUCAUUGUGAGUAUUUACGCAAGUAUCUCGAUAGACCCAAACGUGUAGUAUUUUUGGCCGUACAUCCCGAACAGAAUGGUAUGGCGCAAACAGGGGUUCCUUUUGGCAAUGUGUCAACUGUGCGCGAUAUGAUGAAACUUUGUGGUGAAGUUAAGCAACCCAACCGUUUACACCCUAAGCAUCCUGUUCUUGGACUUAAUUGCCACAUAAACGAACCCAGUGGUGUACGUUUCUGGGGUCUAAUGGAUAAAAUAGCAGGUUCCUUGGAUACAUUCUCUGAACAAUGUUUUGUACAUACGUUUUGUCCAUUGCUAUUCUUUAAUGAAUAUGGCCGAACUAUUGAACCGUGUGUAUUACCGUUUGAAAUAAAAUAUCCAAUGCGAGAUUUAUUGGUGGAAGCUCUUUGCAAAGAAAUGAAGUUGGUUCAGCCCGAGAUAAUAGUAGUCACGGGAAAUUACGUUUACAAUGGACUACAACGCUCAGAACUUUAUGCAAAAACACUAUUGGUUAUGACCAAUCCUCAUCCAUGGGUUCCAAAUAAUCAUAAUUGGGUACGUCGCUCUGAACGUUGGCUAUAUCAAUAUGAUAUAGUUAAGUACUUGCAGAAUAUGAUAUAAAUUGUAUAGCAGCAUAUUAAGUUAAUGAACUGUAUGUGCUGAUCAAGUCUCCGAAGUAAAGAAAGCACAUACUGAUACUGAGAGCGCAUAAUGGGGACUAAUAUGAAUACAGCCGAAACAAUUUUGAACAAUUUUUUUCCACUUUACCUUGCGAUUCUCAGGAAAGCUUGAAUCAAAGAUUAGUUACCAGAUAUAUUACUCCAGAUCAAAAGACUAAGAAAGAACUUAAACUAUUGCUGCUUACUUUAAACUGUUAGAAGUGAACAUUAUAUGACGAUUUUGGAUAUGUGGACAAAAAAAAAGACAAAUGAAAUUAAAAGUUCAAAGAAAACUACAAUAUAAACUUGUUUAAUUAUACAUAUAUAUA